GAAAUUAAAGUAUAUCUUUAACCAAACUAUUAUUCCCUUGUGCUCAUCAUCAAACUUCAUCUUCUUCGUACAUCUUUUACGCAAAUCGCAUUUUCACAUGACCGAAGAACAUGAGAUUCAACAGAUGCAGUAAUCACCACAACCCAACACCAAUUCUAAUUCUAAUUCUUCUUUUGAGUUUAUCAGCGAUCAAUCAUGUAAAAGCUUCAAUCCACGAAUACAAGAACGAGGGAUUCAUACCUCGAUCCAAUUCCUUCUUCUUUCAUGGCGGAAGCGAGGGAAUGUAUGCUUCUAAGGUCCACCUUAAUGCCUCUAAUCAAGAUAAUUCUAUUCUUGGCAAAUCCUUUAUACGGUUUGAAUCUAUCAUCUUUAGAAGACCAAAGGAGGUUGCAGCUAAACAAAACGAGAUGCAACAAAGUACUGGUUUAGUCGAGGCUAUAUUAGUCGAAGUAAAAAACCGCGAUAAAAUCGGCGGUGCAUAUUUAAACUCAGAUGCAAUAUGCUGCACACCCAAACUCGCCAGUGACGGUUCUUGCAAAGUAGGAGAAGUCAUCAUCCGCCAAGACCCCGAUAACCCGGGCUGGCCCAAACGGAUUCAAACCCCUUUUGGCGGAAAAAGCGAAGAGGCAAAAAUGGUGCUACAUACCGUUGAGAUCAACAGAACCGGAAUGUAUUAUCUUUACUUCAUGUUUUGCGAUCCGCAACUUAUUGGCACGACGAUAAUGAGCGGAAGAACUGUUUGGCGAAAUCCAGAUGGUUUCCUACCGGGAAAGAUGACACCACUUAUGCCAUUUUACGGGUUUAUGUCGUUAGCGUAUCUUAUCCUCGGUCUUCUAUGGUUUCUUAGAUUUGUGCAGCACUGGAAGGAUAUAAUACCGCUGCAUUACCAUAUAACGGUUGUUAUCGGUUUGGGUAUGUGUGAAAUGGCUCUUUGGUAUUUUGAGUAUGUGAAUUUUAACGUCACGGGAAGCAGACCGAUUGGAAUUACGCUCUGGGCGGUUACUUUUAGUGCGUGUAAAAAGACGUUUUCUCGACUUCUUCUUUUGGUUGUAUCGAUGGGAUUUGGUGUUGUGCGGCCUACUUUAGGAGGUGUGACGUUGAAGGUGUUGCUUCUUGGUUUUACGUAUUUUCUUGCUUCGGAAGCGCUUGAACUUGUUGAAAAUGUUGGAAAUAUUAAUGAUUUUUCUGGGAAGGCGAGAGUUUUUCUUGUGUUGCCUGUUGCUCUACUGGAUUCUUGCUUUAUUCUUUGGAUUUUUUCGUCGUUGUCGAAAACUUUGGAAAAGCUUCAGAUACGGAGAAGCAUGGGCAAACUUGAACUAUACAGAAAGUUUACUAAUGCUUUAGCUUUAUCAGUGUUGGUUUCUGUUGCUUGGAUUGGUUACGAGUUAUACUUCAAUGCAAGUGAUCCCUUGAGUGAACUAUGGAAACGAGCUUGGGUUAUUCAAGCUUUCUGGGCUGUUUUGGCAUAUAUACUUUUACUAGUGACAUGCCUUCUCUGGUCUCCUUCCCACAAUCCUACCAGAUAUUCAUACUCAGAGGAGGUUGAGGACAUAGAAGAAGAAGGUAUACCUUUGACAGCCAGUGGAGUCAAAGUGUCGGGAGAAUUGAUGGAGAGAAAACCCGCAAUUAUAACAGAUCAUGUGUUCGAGGUCAUUGAAGAGGACAAAAGAGAAUGAUGCAACCACAAUUAGUUAUCAAAGACGAACACAGUUAAACGUUUCAAAUGUUAGAAUGACUAGAAUCAUCCUCGUGUAGCUGAGAAUUGCCGCAAGAACUAGUCGACAAACCAUUUCUGUGACCUGAUUGCGUGACGUCAACUAACGAUGACAGAAUUUUAUAGCAAGUUUUUAACCAUUAUAUAUGGAUUGCAAGUAUGUUUCAUGAACUGGUCUUCGAUCCGUUGAUUUGAUUAGUUAGCUUUCGGCUUUGAUUGUCCUAUACUCCCACCUUACGAUGGAAGAAAGUUUUGGUAAAUUAACUGAAAUCUUUGUGCGAGGAGGAUCAUAACUUAUGUGUAAUAGGUUAUAUCUGAUUUAAUUUCAGGUGUUGGUUGUAUUAAUAUCCAUUUUGACAUGUUAUAUCCACCUGCUUGACCCGUUUA